UCAGUCAUACUCAGAGGGCUUAGACUAUGAGACGCAAAAAUGUCCAUUUCAAAGCUUGAAGAUCUGACUGAAUGAUGAUGAUGAACGACGAAGAAGAACAUCCAUACAAAAAUAUCUCUUCUUUCCUAUUAAAUAUCCUCUUCCUUCCCAUUUCUCUUUUCUCCAUCACUCCAAUUUCCCUUUCUAAUGGCCUUUUCUGCCUUCUCCCCUCUUCCAUUCCCCCUCUCCUUAGGGUUCCGCCGCCCUCAAUCUCCCACCACCGCCUUUCCUCGUCUCCCCUUCCCCAUUUCUUCUUCUUUGAGCUCUUCCUCUUCCGAAUCUAAAUCUGCUAAAUCAUCCUCCCCCACUGAUAAUCUCGUUUCCUCCUCCAAUGGAACUACUCCCCCUUCCCCUUCCUUUGUUGACCCCUCCACACCUCCUCACUCUAAUUUCACUUACGCAUUUCCUAACCCUACUCCUCCUGCCUCUGCUUCUCUUCACCCCAUUCUUGGCUUUAUGCAAUCCGCUGAAUCUUCAAUUGAGAGGGUUAUUUUUGACUUCCGCUUCUUGGCCCUGUUUGCGGUUGGGGGUUCACUGGCGGGUUCAUUCUUGUGCUUUCUCAAUGGCUGCGUUUAUAUUUGUGAUGCAUAUAAAGUUUACUGGUCAAGCUGUGUCAAAGGAAUUCACACCGGACAAAUGGUUCUGAGACUUGUUGAAGCUAUUGAUGUAUAUCUUGCUGGAACCGUCAUGUUAAUUUUUGGGAUGGGCCUCUAUGGAUUGUUUAUCAGUAAUGUGUCUCCUGAUGAACCUCCUUCUGUUGAUCGUGCCCUGCAAGGAUCCUCACUGUUUGGGAUGUUUGCCUUGAAGGAGAGGCCAAAAUGGAUGAAAAUUAGCUCUCUUGAUGAGCUGAAAACAAAAGUUGGACAUGUUAUUGUAAUGAUUCUUUUAGUGAAAAUGUUCGAGAGAAGCAAGAUGGUAACAAUAGCAACAGGUCUUGAUCUACUCAGUUAUUCGGUUUGCAUUUUCCUAUCUUCUGCUUCUUUAUACAUCCUACAUAAUCUACACAGGCCAGAAUAGGAAUACAGAGCUUUGAAAUUUAUCAGAUGAAGCCUUCCCAUCUGUUUUGUUUAUACUCUUUAUGUUCUCUUAUGUAUGUCAGUGUAAGAGCCGAAUGCAUUAUUUCCUGUCCUAAAUCUCUUGGUAGUAGAAAAGGUUGUAGUUUCCUGUAGGGAUAAUUGUUAUGUGUAUACUUAUUGUUUGACGCUAUUGUAUAUAUACUUUCAACGGUAAAAAUAUGAUUACUUGUACUCUCAUUAUUUAAUCAUUUUAAGUGAUCGUCUUGUUUGUCAAAA